UGUUUGUCGUCGCCCAAUUCACCUGACUUGUCAAAUGGUUUCUGUUAAUCAGUAUUUCACGUGAUCUUGUAAACCGAAGAAAUUAGCUUAUUGAAUUUGAUAUAAGUCUAUGAGAAAAAUGAAUAUAAUACAUAGAUUCAAUUUAAUAGUUUUGGGCGUAAUAGUUUUAGCGGAAUUUUCGAAAUGCACAGAGUUUGUUCCUGUUUACAUCUGGGGUACAAGUAGGACUAUUGAACAUCAGCCUGCCUUACAUAAAGUCAGCCAAAACUCAUUCAAAGAUGAUAUUUUGGAUCGCUUGAAGAGCAAUCCUAUAUUAGUAGUCUUCACUGAACAAACGUUGAGUCCAGAAGAUUUUUCUCAAAGGGACGAAUCUGGUUUCACAACUUAUCCAAGAUUGUUGAAAUUACGGAAAACUUACAAAGCAUCAUAUUUUCCGUAUGUGCAAAAUCCCAUAAAAGCUUUGGACAAUUUAGUUGGAAAUCCCACCUUAAUAUCGGCCGACCAAAUAACAGAAGGCUGGAAUGUUCCAGACUCUCAGAUUAUUAUAAUUGAGUUAAAUGAUGCCUCCGAAAAUGAACAACGACAUGAAAUGUUAAAACGGCAUGAUUCGCUUAUUGCAUCUGUCUAUGAGAAGGUUUUGAACAAAUAUGGAAAUGUUCUUGCUAUUUAUACAGCACAUCGUACCUCUUGGGUCGGAUCUGAAGAAAUUGUGCAGUCUCGUAGAACAAGAUCGCUAUUGGCUUCUGAUUUAAACUCGACUACAAAUCAGUUCUUUGGCAAUGAUAUUUUCUUCUACACAUCGGGUAGCGCCAUUCUAAAUGGAGCUGACAAAGUUAAUCUCACAUAUACAGAGUCAAAUGAGAGUUCAGUUCUAACUUUAACAGGCUCAGGAAUUUCAGAGAAUGGUGCCAAGGUUGACCUCAAACUAAAUUUUACAAGGACUGCUAGUAACUAUUGGAAUCUGCAUGUUGUCGUUGUUACUAUCGAUAGUGUCACAUUCCAUGAGAAAGUAAAUGGGACAAUUUAUGCUCCUUUGGCGUUUUCUUAUGCUUGUGGAAAUCAGGUUUUCAAAAAUGCAUCAUUGGGGCAAAGUAUUACCCUGCCAAGAUUCCAAGUUCAGCCUUUAUACCGUCAAACCAUUCUAACACAACAAAUGAAGUUUGAUGAUCCUUACCAUUGCGUUGGAUUUACUUCUAUUCCCAUCUGGUCUGGAUUGUUUGUAACUUUUAUUCUAAUGCUCAUUAUGACUUUUGGCUUAACCAUGAUGAUGGACAUAAAAACUAUGGAUCGGUUCGACGAUGCCAAAGGCAAAACUAUUACCAUAAGCGCUGCUGAAUAAAAAUGCUCACAUAAGUGGUAACAGUUAAAGAAUAUUUUUGUGUCCAGUUAAUAAAUUAUGGGAAAAUGUGUGUUGAUUCAAAAUAUUCUUCGGAAAUCAAUUCUGUGUUUAUUACAUCUUCGAUGGCAAUCAUUUUGUUAAUGUUCAGGAUAUAUACAUCGACUUAAUUGCAUAGGAGAACAUUUUACCAUUAGGAAUAUUUUGCAUAAAUUGGACCAUGUUACCACUAUUUGUAAUCGCCUUCCUGUCUUAACGCUCAGUAUUGCACACCCGAUGAAGAUAUGUAAUAUUUUACUUAGGAGUGGCAAAAAAAAAUGUGAUACCUAAGUUACUAAAAUUCGUCACUCUAAGUAUAACAAAAUUGUCGGGUAAAUAUACUGCAGGCCUAACUGCCUAUAAUCUACUCUUCUUUCUAUAUCCCCUGGACCCUCUUAACGAUAAUGUUAGUCUUUUUAAUGCUAAGAACGUCUGUCAUACAAGGUGUCCUCUUGUUAAGCAAUUCCAUGAGAUUCUAUCUCUGCUUAAGAUUUUUUAUAUAGUUUUUAAGACACCCUAUAGAUGUACUAUAGAAGUGAUAUAGCUAAAUGUUGGCAUGUGUCGUUUCUCCUACCUUCUUUAAAAACAUGCACAACAGAAUGGUAAAAGCAUUAAAACGAAUUUUUUGUCCAAGAGAUUUAGAAAAUCAAAUUUAAAACCUAUUAUAUGACAAUAGUAUUUUUAUCUUUUGGAUCUAUAUUAAACUAGAAACAUGUUGGUCUAGUAGUAGAACAAUAAUUGUUAAAAAAUAGUCUAUAGUUAGCCGUGAUGUUGUUAAGAAUAGAUAUACCCAGGUGUCCUACUACAUAUGUAUAUGGCAUAUGUUUUUAAAUAUAUUCAAAAAAGGGAAGCGACAAGUGCAAGGAAAAAACAUGGUUUUUAUAGGAUAUUUUUGUUUUGGCCAGGAUCAUUUUUUUCACUUUCAUUAAAUUUUGAUCCACAAAAGUAAAAAAAA